GAAGGCUACUGACGUAAAAAGGAGGAAUGCAGCUCAAUCCAUUCCUGUGAGAAAGAAAAAGGACCAAGUAGACCAAAAUGAUAGUAAUAACUAAAAUGGUGACAACUACUCAAUCUUUUCCUCAAGGGCUUUGUCAGUGGAAAAAGAAAAUGAGGAGUUAAUUCAAUUGAGGGAACAACUGGAGGAUCUACAAAGAAAGUUACUGGAGAAAAAUGAGCUUCUCAAAUCAGCAGAGAUUUCGAAGAACGUGAUUAAUGAUCUUCAUGCAGAACUUGAUAAAUUGAAAGGACAUAUGCAGCAGAAAAGGACUCUUAAGUCUAUUCACAAGCAACUCUCUGAUGCCAAGCUUGUAGACAAGCAGGCUGCCUUGGAAAAGACACGGUGGGAAGCAAUGACAUCUAAGCAAAAGGUGAAGCUACAAAAUGAUAUAGAUUCCAUGCAAGGAGAAUUUCCAUCAUUUAUGGUGUUUUUAAAUGGUUUGACAAAGAAUAAUCCUACUACACGUGCUGAAGAUUAUGAUGUAGCACCACAUCAUUUGGAUCAUCUUCCUUAUAUGGUCCUUUGAACCGAGAAAGUAAUUACGUUGAGUUUAAAAAGGAAUCUUGCUAACUAAUUCCCCGUAGAUUGGAAUUUGACACUGUUGGUGCAUCUGAAAGUUGAUAAUUAUUGGACGGUAUGGUAGUUAAAGUACGCUAUUGACAAUAGAAGAAAAUUUGACACCGUUUCAUUGUCCAUAUCCCCCAAAUUUGAAUCAGUUCCACAUAAAAGUUUCCUUCUAUAUACGUCGGCUUUCAUCAGCGAUUUGGUCUAAUCACUACCGAAAACUUUCGAUAUAAGCAUCAGCAAUUUCAAUCUUUUUGCACUUGUCAACAACUAGAACCUAUUUUUUUGGAAGUGUCAAGCCUAAUUGAAUUUCAGUGAACAGAUGUUUAUACAUGAUGGCGCGUCAGCACCUAUUUUAGCAUAAGUUUUUCUUUAACAAAGGUGCCAAAAUUUCCUAGCCUUUGGAACAAACCACUAUAUUUUGAGCACGUAGCAGGCAGAGCCAAGUGUGCUGUCUGCUACCAACUACAAAGUCAACCAUCCCCUUUCCUCUCAUUUUAUUUUUGUUC